GGAAGCGCCAUGGAACAGUAUGUGAUGAUGCGAUGUCUGCUGUACUUCUGCUAUGCUUGUCUAUUCUCCCAGCAGACUGCCUCGAGUCGGGCGCCAUCUUACGUCUGGCCACUGGGCAACACCACGGUCCACAGGGAGGUCAUGGUUGGCAGGGACGCGCAUCUUCCCGCCAACAACCAGUGUUUCCUGUUCUCUCAAGGUUACCGGGGGCUGCCCUACAGAUCUCUAACCCUGGAUGGUGAGGAUGGAGAUUUUGUGGAUUUUUACCUGGAUGGGAAGCUGGAUUUCACCGACUUCGCUCUUUCACUUUUUGUUUAUCCUCUGGGGGAGCCGAAAGGAACGUUGCUGAAUUAUUUGUGUCACACAGGUAACGUGAUCAAGCUGGCUGUGCUGGAGGGUCUGCUCUUUGUUUCCUUCUGGGACGAGUACGGGGUUUCUGUGGGUGCCACGGCUCUACCGGACCUUCUCACCUCGGAGUCCUGGAGCCACAUCCUCGUGUCCAGGCACUACGACACUGGCAGGGUCAAGGUUUAUCACAACGGAGCGAUGGUUGAGGACAUUGAUGACGAUUUCCCCAACCGGAUCCGGCUUCCCACCAGAGGGUCCAUCCGGCUGGGCAGUUCCCAGAAGGAGGAAGACGCCAGGUUCAGGGGCCGCUUCGCCUGCUUCCAGUUCUACACCACCAACCCCACGGAGGCUGAGGUCAAGGCCGCUGCAGACUUCUGCUUGCCAGAUCGCUGGAAGGUCGUCCCCCAGAUUGCCAUGGAAACAAAGCUAGUGAACGGUGUUGAGAAAGAAUGUGUACGCAACUAUGUUGCACCUUUUGAGGACGACGAGCCAGAACCCAAACCUUGUGACGUCAUCAACAUGGCGUGCCUUGCAUCCGGUCUGAACUGGAAGUCAGUCCUAAAGAAACACCAGUGGACGCCCAGUGCUAAAGACAGCGCCAACUAUCGUCUGGUAGAGAGGGGCGUAGUCCCAGCACCUGCGGAUGGCCUUGUGUUGGGGGAGGUGAUGACAGUCGAUAAAAAGCUGUGUUCCCGCCUGUGUCUUCGUGUCGAGGGAUGUAAAGCCUUCUCGUCCGUGCUGCACACGGCCAACACAACACGGUGUGUUCUGUACUCACGAGUCGCCGAGUCCACACGUGCCGAGCCAGGUGCCGUGUACUUUACGCUGGUGUAAACACAGGUGUUGGAGACUGACACUACGAUGAUACAGUGAUAAUACUGACACGGAUGGCUGUGGUGGAUAGGUGUCGUACAUAUUAUAAACAUGUUGAGUCCCCUGAUAGAUGGCAAUAUUUGAAAGCCUUAGAGUGGUGUUAAAAAUAUGACAGAGGUCGUCCAUUAUUGACGUCACGCUUUUGAACUAUUUUUACAUCCCAUAACAAAUGAAGACACCCCCCCCCCCCUUUUCCGACUACCCAAACACUAAAAUUGUGCAAUAACUUAAAAUUAAGUUUUAAAACUCUCAAAUAGCCACACAAAAGUCCGAACCCUCUUCCACAGAACUGAGACAUCAUAAUGGAUGACCCUUAAUAAAAACGCCUGGUUUUAAUAGAGGACAUUCAAUCAAUUGCCUAAAAGAUUAUCAACUUUUAAACAAUACAUUUUUCACAAAAAAAAACAGUUAUUGGGGUCAUCCAUAAAUGACGUCACGC